AGCAAAUAUCAUUAGCAUGUUAUUUAGUAGUAUAAUACAAACAAUAUUAAUAUAAUAUAAAUACUAUUUCUAACUUAUAGUAUCUAUAAACUUAUAGUAGUACUUUUACAUCAAACUUUGUGGGAUGAUUUUACAAGGAAUCAGUGACCUAGUUUCCACCGAAGUCUUCAAUCCGCUCCUAGUGCGGUGUAGAACCAAAUUUAAGGCGAUGGAAACAUGACUACUUCUAUUCUGUUCUACUUCGCUUCCAGUGGAAACAGUACAUUAAAUGCGAUUCGCACCGAAGCAGGAGCGGAUUGAAGACUUCGGUGGAAACUAGGUCAGUGAAAACAACUUUAUUAACUGAAUUUUUUACUUUACUUAUUCUAAAUCCGACUGUAGCACAAAGCAGAUACAUAUCCUUUAUAUGCGUCUGAAUAUUUUCAAUUACUUUUAUCACAUUUUUAACCAAUAUCUGCCGCAUACUUUACAUCUUAUCGUCAUUUUAUCGAUAAAUGAAUAAAUCACUUUUAUAGGUUACAUUCAUGACACAUACGUGAAACCGAACUGUUGGCCAUUUUUAAUACAUCAUUUCGCGCAUGCGUUUCGUAUACUGUAAAGUGAAGGAUGGACGAUGAAUGGACAUGUUCUCACUCUUUCUCUCUACAGGGAAAGGCCUAUCCAGGUGUCACUGAAAAAUUUUCCAAGGGAAGGAGGAAUGCCCAAAAUUAAAAAAUCAUUUGCUGUGAUUCCAGAGUGUGGUUUUUCUUGGAAUGAAUCACAUCAAGGUACACGUGUCAAUGACAAGACAUCGAGCGAGGACGAGGACGAAUUAGAAAAAGAACCCAAACGAAAGAAAAAGAAAUUGAGUGCAGCCGAGCGUCGUGAGCAGGAACGACGGAAAGAACGUGAAAUCCGUCAACGUGAAGAAGCUUUAGCAAGCAAUCAAGUGCCCAAUUCGAUCGAUCAGUUCGACAGAUUGGUGUUAUCUAGUCCCGACAGUUCACUGGUGUGGUUGCACUACAUGGCGCAUCAUGUGCAAGCUACGGAAGUCGAUAAAGCGAGAGCGAUCGCACGGCGGGCUAUCAGAACGAUCAAUUUCAGAGAAGAGAACGAGCGACUGAACGUGUGGAACGCGUGGCUGAAUCUAGAAUCCAGAUACGGCAGCGCCGAAUCUCUAAACGACGUGUUCCAGGAAGCCGUAAGGACCAACGAUGCGUUUAACAUCUACACGCACAUGUUAACCGUGCACGCUGACGCUGGUAGACGAGCGGAGUUGGAGAAACUAAUCGGCACUAUGAUCGGCAAGUUCAAACAGAAUCCGCAAACGUGGAUAGAGUGCGGUACGGCUUUACUGAAGAGUGGCUUGAAGGAAAGGUCUCGCCACAUUAUGCAACGGGCAUUGCAGUCUCUACCCGUGUCUCAACACGUAAAUUUGUUGGCGAGAUUCGCAACUUUGGAGAACAAGCUGGGAGAUAAGGAACGGGCACAAACGUUGUUCGAGAAGAUUUUGACCUCUUAUCCUAAGCGCGUCGACGUGUGGUCGUGUUACGUGGAUUGCUUGAUCAAGUCUGAGGAUAUUGAUAUAGCCAGGAGAGUAUUAGAACGAGCGUGUGUUCAGACCCUUCCAGCUAAAAAGAUGAAAACUCUCUUCAAAAAGUUCAUGAGUUUUGAGGAGAAAUAUGGUACGCCCGAGAGUGUAAGUCGGGUACAAGAAAUGGCAACUGAUUACGUGGAGAAACAAUGUAGUGCGGACUAAAUAUAAAAUUUUAUAGAGAUAACAUUGUGUAAAUAUGAAAAAUA